ACAAUGUUCCCCAUCAUGGGUCACGAUGAUGAAGACAUACGUAUUGGGAAAAUUGACGACUGUGAUUCACUUGUUCGCAAGACGGGACAGGAAAUGGAUUUAAUAAGACAAAGGACAAUAGCGUAUGAGUACUUAUGUCGACUGGAGGAAGCCAAAACUUGGAUGGAAGCAUGCAUUAAAGAGAAACUUCCUCACGCUACGGAGUUUGAGGAAAGUCUACGAAAUGGAGUCUAUCUUGCCAAGCUCGGCCAUUUCAUUGCACCUGAUUUGCUUAACUUGAAUAAAAUCUACGAUAUUGACCAGAGACGUUACAAGGCAGUGGGCCUUCAGUUUAAACAUACUGACAACAUAAAUAAAUUUUUACAAGUUUUGAAGAAAACUGAACUUCCAUUGACUUUCCAACCAGAAACAACUGAUAUUUAUGACAAAAAGAACAUGCCCCGUGUAAUAUAUUGCCUGCAUGCUCUUAGCUCUCAUCUCUUCAAGUUAGGCAAAGCUCCACUUAUUCACGAUGUCUAUGGCAAGGCUGUAUUUACUGAUGAACAACUCGACUCAAUUUCCAAAGACUUACAGAAAUGUGAACACCCUCUCCCCAUGUUUCAACAAAUAGGUGGGCUUUUGUCUAAAAACAACGUAUCCGACAGUGACGCUCUCCACAAAGCAGUAAUUGACGUAAACAAAUUCUUGGAUACUGAAAAGUCCAUCACUUCAGCUUUACUAAAUCCACAUUUGAAACUCAAAUAUGUCCAAAAUAAACUUAUAGAUGAAUACAAAAACGUGCUUAAAGCUGCUAAAAAGGAGAAAGUACAAUCAGCUCUUAAUCAUUCUUUGAAUGAUAGUUACAUACCUGAUGAAUAUGAUGAAUUACUCACCCAAGUCGAAAUUCAGGGCCACAUUACUGCUACUAAUUACAAAGACUCGUGGAAGAACCUUUGCUCAGCAUCCAGGAAUAACGACUUAAAUAGUUUGCAUAAAGUUUUCAGUGAUGAAUGGGUGAAAGUGAAGGAAUAUUACAGAAAGAAUCUAGAUUUUUACUGUGAUGUUGUAAAGGAAAUAAUUGAAAGUAACAAAGAUGUUGAUGUUGAAAGCAUUACAAACUGGUAUAAGAUAUUCCAGAAUGUUAUUAGUGAAGGUAAUCGAAAAUCUCUUGAGCAUAUGGAUCAUAAAACUGCUAUUGGAAAAGUCAACAAGGCACUGGAUGAAGGAACUCCUGAAGAUCUGUAUAUGGCUUUGAAUAAUCCUCAUUUGGAAUUGAGUUUCAAAAUUGACAAGUUUGCUGUACCACUUUUAUUUGAAGAAAUGAAAUUGGAGAAGUGUGAGCUAGAAAAGAAUCUUAAUGAGAGUGAGAUAGCUGCAUCUGUAUCUUACCUUUUAGCUAUAGCUUCUAUAUCUCAGGCUGUAGAUAGAGGAGAUGAAGUGGCUGUAUGGAGAUCUCUAAAUUCAAAUCAGAUCAAUCUUGAAGGACUACGUCCUCACUGUCGGCGACGCUAUUUGAACGCCCUUGUGACUGCACUCCAAGUAAAAGUGAGAGGACAGUGUGCAUGUCCAUUGCUUACUUUGGAUGAUAUUAGAGAUACUAUUGAAAUGGUCAAUAUGAAGGAUGAUGACAAUGAAGAGUUGGUAGCAGUAGUAAAUAGCAUAAACAAAGCAGUCAUGGAAGAAGAUGUUGAAACCAUAAUGAAAUUGUUGAAAAGUCCAUGUCUGAAAAUAUCAACGCCAUUGCACAAAGAGGAGCGACAGCUAUACUUGCGUCUACUGAAAAAAAAGAUGCAACACAAAGAGUCACAAAAUCUGUGGCUUGAAGAUAUUGUUGAUGUUAUUAAUGAAGUAAAUUCAGAGUCUUUAAAAGUAAAACAAUUGACCGAGGCGUUAGUUCAUUUGAACUUAGCUGUACUUAAGAACAGCGUGGACGAAUUUUUUAGAGCUCUAUACUGUCCUCUUCUUUCUGGUUCUGGGACCAUUGAAGAGUCAUGCAAGAACAUAUAUUUUCAAAUGUUUUCUAAAGCUUUAAAGAAGAGGGGUCACCACAUCUGUUCUUGGAUAGUUUGUCACACCGACGCCGGUAACACUGUUUAUAUUGAUGUGGAGUCUUACACGUACAGUUGGAGUACUCCAAAGGAUUUCGUUCCAUACGCUCGGUAUUUGUCUAGAAAAGACGUCAAUGUUCUAAUUGAGAAAACAAACAAGCAUCACAUAAAUAAGUACAAACAAAUGGAGAUAGAGAAAUCCAUCGUAAAAAUACAAGCCUAUUGCAGGGGAUACUUGCUAAGGAGGCGUAUGAUUCAGAGACUUCGAUUCUUCAAAGAUAAUGAAGAAUAUGUUAUUAAAAUUCAAGCUUGGUGGAGAAGGAUAUUGGUGCAAAAGAAAUUCGGCACUAUAAUUAAAAUGAAGACCAUAGAAGCGAAGUUGAGACGUGAGAGAAAGCAGAAUCCUUGGGUGUGGUAUAAAGUACAGGAGCACAAAAUAAUAAAAAUCCAAGCAUUGUGGCGUGGCCGACGCGCACGACAAGCAUUCACUUCUUUAUUCCAUUCCCCAAACCCACCACUGAAAGUAGUGAAAAAAUUUAUUCCUAUGUUGGAUUUCUCCACUGAGGAUUAUGACAGAGAAAUAGAACUGCAAUCUCUUAAAUCUGAAGUAGUGCAAUCUAUAAGGAAAAACAAGGAAUUGUCAAAACAAAUAGACGAUAUGGAUUUAAAAAUUGGACUUCUCGUACAAAAUCGUAUAGCACUACAAGAGGUCGCGGCCCACGGACUUAAAUUAAACAAUUUGGUAAAACAUAACUCGAUGACCAAGCUUGUAUUUCAAAAUCAAAAUGAUGGGAAAAAGUUAAUGGCAGUGACCACAGCUGUGAAAGGAUUAAAGUCUUUAACAAAAGAAAGUAAAAGACUCUUAGACGGCUACCAGCAUCUUUUCUACGAAUUGCAGACAAACCCCACGUAUUUGUCGAAACUAUUGUUCUGCAUUCCACAAAACAAAACUAACUUUUUCUUACAAAACGUCGUGCUAAGUUUAUACAACUUUGGCGCUUAUGCUAGGGAUGAGUAUUUAUUGUUGAAAUUAUUUAGAUUUACACUUGAGGAGGAAAUCAGUUGCAAAGUCACGAAGCCAUUUGACAUUAUAGCAUCGACUCCUUUGGUUCUGAAAAUGGCAGUAAGUCUUUCGCGCCAGUUAUCUGGCUUGAACAGUCUUCAGACCAUAAUCGGGCCUUUGGUGGAAAAGAUGUUAAAAGACAGAGAAUUGAACAUCGAAACAGGGCCAGUAGAAAUUUAUAAAGCUUGGAGAAAUGAAACUGAAAUGAAGACUGGACAAAUCUCCAAACUUCCUUACACGGUAUCGCAAGAAGAAGCCCUCAAUUAUCCAGAAGUGAAACAACGUCUUGAAACUGCCUUAUCUCAUCUCAAAACUAUAGUGACCAUGUUCUUGGACAAGAUAACGAACUCUACAGAACUGCUGCCAUUUUGUAUUACUUACAUGUCACGAGUACUGCACAGAGCUCUCACUACAAAGUUCCCUAACACUCCUGAGAAGGAUAUUUUGAAGGUAAUAGGAAACCUGGUAUACUACCAGUUUUUGAACGCAGCGAUCGUAGCUCCCGACGCCUUCCACAUCAUCAACUUGCCCAACGGAAGUGGUCUCACAACAGACCAGCGGAAGAACCUCGCUUCUGUUGCCAAAAUCUUGCAUUUCGCUGCAGCUAAGAAAGGAUUCGGCGAAGAGUCCAGCCAUCUCCGUUGCCUAAAUCCCUUUAUAGUGGAGUGUCAUGAAAAGAUGAAGAAACUAUUCCGGCGCUGUUGUCGCGGACCUACACUUGAAGAGUAUUUUGCCGUUGACGAGUAUACCGAGGCCACAUUGUUACACCAUCCACAUAUUUACAUCACAGUUCAGGAAAUCGUCGAUACGCACGCUUUGCUUGUUGAGUACCAAGACAUCAUUGCUCCGGACUCUCGAGAUAGGCUUAACGAGUUAUUAGAUGAUCUUGGUGAAGUACCUUCAGUCGCACAACUUGCUUCACGAGAUGUGGACACGCACAUGGGAGAUUCUGCCGAAGAAAAUGCAAGAUUAGAAGUGUGCCUGGCUUUAGUGAACAAAUUCCAGGCUCCUGCUGACGAUAUGACGGACUUAAACAAACUGUUUAUUAAAACCAAAGAACUGUGCGUUGCUAUCAUCCCGUUUUUGAAUGGUGAACAUCUUCUAGAAGCCUUAUGCAUUGGCACAACCACAGAACAACAAGAACAAUACGCAAAAAUGGUACAAAGACGUAUCUAUUCCGGACAAGCGAAGCCAGACGAAGUAAUGUCGCUAAGAGAGCAUAUAGCCAAACUUCGAAGAAACCUUCAAAUGCUGGAAGACGAAGGUUACGUUACCAGGGAAGACGGCUAUCAAGCUUUAAUAACUUCUAUAGCUCUCGAUGUGUGUAAUAAGGGUAAAUACAGACAAGCUCAACGAAGAGCGCUGACCACUUUGACAAGAACGAAACAGAGUCUGCUGGAAAAGACAAAGUAUUAUGAAGAAAAGGUGAAGUCGUAUGAUCAGUAUAUUAAAUCUUGUCUUGCUAAUCUUCACGCUGGUAAAAGGAGCGUCCACGCAUGUCUAAGAAGAUCUGGAAAGGACAAUCAGAAGUUGAAGUCGAAAUUAACGGUCAAAUAUUCAGGAGCAAAGCUUAUGGAGAGAGGAGUGUUGCUUGAAAUCGACGGUCUGUCACCGUCACAGUUCAAAAACGUACAAUUCGACAUCACACCUACGGAUAACAACGGCGUUUUUACAGUUAAGGGAAAAUUUAUGGGAGUCGAAAUGGAAUCUAUAGACAUAGAUAUACAGGAUCUUUUGCAAAAGCAAUAUGAAGGCUGCGCUGUCAUGGAUCUAUUCGGAAAGGCAAAAAUCAACGUGAACCUUUUAAUAUUCUUACUAAAUAGCAAGUUUUACGGUAAGUCAUAGUUUAAGUUGACAUUUUUUUCAUUUUCGAUUUCUUGUUCGGAACUAUAAUUGAUCACAUUCUGCCUACCAAAUAGUCAAAAGUAUUAUGAACCAAAAAUUUUCAGUUUUUAAUGUUUGUUAACAAUGUUAGGUUUAAGAUUUCGGUCUUACUUUAGUGUGUAGUAUAUAAAUCACAUUUUUUUUUAAUUUUAGUUAUACUUUAUAAAUUUAUGUUAUGAUUACGAAUACUUUGACAAGAUUAGUACAGAGUGCUGUAAUAUAAAUGAUUCAUAAAUAAUUAAUCGCUGUGCUUUAUGUUGUAACAUUGAUUAACAAAUCGUCUGUUUCUUUGUCACAAUUAAUUUACAAGAGUACCAGUGUUAUUAGUUCAGAAAAUGAGCAGGCGAUACAUGUUUUUUAUAUGUUCGCUUUAGUACCUCGUGUGAUUGCCCACCGGGAUCGUUAAACAUAAAAGCAACUGAAUCCUUUUGCGAGGAAUUCUACAAAAUCUUUAAAUACAUUGGAGAAGAACCAUGUCACUUUAUUAUUUUUCUACCAAGUUUGUCAUUUGUCAAUCAUACCACAUUGAUGCUUCCAAAAUAAAGAUUUAAAAUAAAAAUUUUAAAUUUUCUUUAAUACCUGAAAUAUUUAUUACCCUAAGUAAAGCUCUCUUCAUACUUUUGGUACAUCUACUCAUUAAUAGUUUUUAGAAUUUUUGGAUAGGAGGGGGUAGGGGACAGCCAUUUUUAAAUUUUACCAAUAAAUAUUUUUUUCAGUAUAUUGAACGUAUGCUUUACCUACUACUUUACACAUUUCAAAAUAAUUUUAUUUUCACUCGCGAUUAUGCUCUCCAAAAUGACUUUUCCAGAAUUUAACUUUCAAUGCUUUAAAAUUCUGAUA